GGUAUCUUUUAAUACACUCGUUUUUUUAAAAUGCAUUUGCUAUCUACGGGCCAGUUGGUGGAUUGUGAUAAUUCUUCUAACUAAUCCCUUGGGGUAAAUCUGUCACCAUGUUUUGGGAUUUGAUUAGAAACAACAAUCCUGGGGGGGUAACAGAGGACAGUUGGAUUCCCUGGUAGUAUCACAGCACAUAUCAUGCUAAUCAACUGGAACUAGGAUGUAUGUCUGUAAUCUGUAAUUGAUUAUUUGUGGUUUAAACAGCAAAAACACUAUUGAGGUACAUAAUUUCUCUCUUACUUCUCAUUUUAAAGUCUACAGUAUAUGGGUGUGAUCUUAUGUCGCACAAACUCUGAAAGCAUAUGAAACUAUGACAUUAAUUAUAGGCCUAAUUCUCCCUUUGCUUUUAUUUUGCACAUGGAUCACUUGGAAUGAAUCGGUGGAUGUUCCUCUCAACUGUUGAUCAUCUUCUACUGUGUGACUGGGGACCAUGACGACAGAGGUGGGAUCUGAAACAGAGGUGAAAAAAGAGCCGGAGAAGGCGGAGGAGCAGCCUGCAGAACCUGAACGACCAGCCACCAACCAGACAGUCGAGGUCAAGGUCGUUGAGGUCGCCGAGCAGUCCAACGAAAGCCCCGCUCUGGCCACAGACUCAGCAGAGGCAAAGGAGAACCAGGAGGAGGCCCAGCCUGCCGACAACGCCACAGGACCGGAGGGAGAGGAGCCCCCAGCCUCACCACCAGCUUCAGAGAAGAAAGGCAUCUCCAGGUUCCUCCCUCCAUGGCUUAAGAGGCAGAAGUCUCAGAGCGUGGUAGGACCCAAAGAGAGCCAGGUGACACCCAAGGAAGAGGGAGGUGUGGUUCUGGUGAACGGGGAGGGUGAAAAGGCGGAGCAGGCCGAAGCAGAGCAGACAUCAUCGACCACAGCAGCUGAGCCACAGGUUGAAGAAGAGCAAGUGAACGGCGAGGCGGACCCAGAACAGAAAGAGGAAGUGAAUUCAGAGGAACACGCGGAGAAUCAUUCCACUGGCAGUGCAGAAACUCAGCCUGCUAAGGAGGAGAAAGCAUCAGAGAAAUCUCAGGAGAAGAGUGCAGCGGAGGAGGAGAAAAAGGAAACAGAGGAAGGAGGAGAGGAGAAGAAAGACCAGGAAGAGACCUUGAAGCCUGAGGGAGGGCGUUAUUUUAUCAAGUCGCCUCUGAAACUGACCAAGAAGGUGAAGAUGGUGAUGUGUCAUGUGAUCAUGCUGGAUGGAAGCCAGUUCCCCUGUGAGGUGGAGAAACGGGCCAAAGGCCAGUACCUGUUUUUCAAAGUGUGCGAAACCCUGAACCUACUGGAGAAGGACUACUUUGGGUUGAGUUACAAAGACAACGCUGACCAGACGUGCUGGCUGGACCCUACAAAGGAGAUCAAACGUCAGAUCUGCAAUACCUCCUGGCAGUUAGCGUUCAAUGUCAAGUUCUACCCUCCUGAUCCGUCCCAGCUGACUGAGGAUAUUACCAGAUAUCUCCUGUGCCUUCAGCUGCGGCAUGACAUAGCUUCGGGGCGUCUGCCCUGCUCCUUCGUCACCCACUCUCUGCUGGGUUCCUACUCCCUGCAGGCUGAGCUGGGAGAUCACGAUCCCGAUGAGCAACGCCUCGACUAUAUCAGCGACUUCCAGAUUGCCCCCUCACAGACUAAGGAGAUGGAGGAGAAGGUGGUGGAGCUCCACAAAACUCACAGGGGGAUGACUCCUGCUCAAGCAGAUACCCAGUUCUUAGAAAACGCCAAGAAGUUGUCGAUGUAUGGUGUCGAUCUCCACCAUGCCAAGGACUCUGAGGGAGUGGACAUCAUGUUGGGAGUGUGUGCCAAUGGCCUGCUGAUCUACAAAGACCGACUCCGGAUAAACCGCUUUGCCUGGCCAAAAAUCCUCAAGAUCUCCUACAAACGUAGCAACUUCUAUAUCAAAAUCAGGCCGGGAGAGACUGAGCAGUUUGAGAGCACCGUGGGCUUCAAGCUGCCCAACCACCGCUCUGCCAAGAGGGUCUGGAAGGUCUGCGUGGAGAAUCACACCUUCUUCAGGUUGAUGACUCCAGAAGCGCCCACUAAAGCCAAGUUCCUCACACUGGGCUCUAAGUUCCGCUACAGUGGGCGGACCCAAGCCCAAACACGACAGGCCAGCACCCUCAUCGACAGGCCGGCACCCUACUUCGAGCGCACCUCCAGCAAGCGCAUCUCACGAAGCCUGGAUGGAGCGCCAGUGAUCAACAUGAUCGAGGCCCAGGACUCGGCUCCCACAUCUGUGGGGAACGGCAGGGAGCCUGGCCUGGAACUCUCCUCUGACUCCUCCAAGGUAGAGGAGGAGCCUAGCGAAUGGGCGGCGACCACACCUACUGAAGGCACUGAGAUGAAAAGAGAUGAGCCAGACUCCUCCCAGCAGAGCGGAAAGUUGAGAGUGCAGGGGGAAAAUAUAUAUGUCAGACAUAGCAAUUUAAUGUUGGAGGACCUGGAUAAGACUCAGGAGGAUGUUUUGAAACAUCAGGCUAGCACUAGUGAGUUAAAGCGCAGUUUUAUGGAGGACACCCCUGAGACGCGUCCCAGUCAAUGGGAAAAGCGCUUCACUGCCAGCCCGGCUACCAGCCUGCGUCUGCAGGCCCAAGGGAGGAGCCCCCCACCCACAACCCAGGAGCCUCUCUCUGACCUCACAGUGGACACGGUUUCUAAGAGUUCAGAUGACAAACAGAAAUCAGACGAGACAACGUUGCAGGCAGCAGAGGUUGAGAUAGAAGAGAUGGUAGUCGUCGAAGCGAUCAGGGUGGCACCCAAAGGCUCUGUCACCAUCACCACCCCCGAGGUGGUGGUCACCCCGGAGACAGAGGUCAAGAAGCCCGAGGAGGAAGUGAAGGAGGAAGUGAAGGAGGAAGUGAAGGAGGAAGUGAAGGAGGAGCAGAAGAGGCCUGUGAGCGUGUCCUCGGACAGCCACAGUGAGAGCGAGGAGGAGGCAGGGGAGUACCACCCCCAGGUCACUGUCAGCACCUCAGUGGAACAGAUCAAAGAAGAGCCUGAGGAAGAGGAGAAGGAGGAAGUGGACGACCAUGAAGAACCAGAGCAAGUCGCAGAGCCCGAACCACUCCCAGAGGUUGAGGUAGAGACCAUGCCGUCCCCUGCAGUAGUGGAAGAAACGCCUAUGGCAGAGCCAGAGACAGCCCUUGUGGUCGAUGCCCCCGCUGAGGAGGAGCGCACCGAGGACAUCCUGGUUACCCCCGAGGAGGCCCCUAACGGGCAUGCUGAGGACCAGCCUGGCCUGGUGGCUGUGGAGGAAGAAGAAGAAGAGGAGGAGCCCAGAGUCAACGGGGACGUAUCUCACGCUGAGACGGAGCGCAUUCCUCAGGUUAUUUGUUGCUCUGAGCCACCUGUGGUGAAGACCGAGAUGGUGACCAUCUCAGACACGUUUGCGGCCCAGAAGACUGAGAUUGCCACUAAGGAGGUUCCCAUCGUGCACACAGAGACAAAGACCAUCACUUACGAGGCUGCACAACUGGACGGCAGUGGAGACGGUGAACCAGGCAUUCUCAUGACCGCCCAAACCAUUACCUCUGAGUCGCUGUGCACCACCACCACCACACACAUCACCAAGACAUUAAAAGGUGGUCUCUCAGAAACCAGGAUCGAGAAGCGCAUUGUCAUCACCGGAGACUCAGACAUCGACCACGAUCAGGCCUUGGCCCAGGCUAUAAAGGAAGCCAAAGAGCAGCACCCUGACAUGUCAGUGACCCGGGUGGUGGUCCACAAAGAGACAGAGCUGGCCGAGGAGGGCGAGGACUGAGGCACCAGAGCUGAAGAGCCUGUGAAGUUCAUACAUGGAUGUUUGAGAAAGUCCUGUCAUCUCCCAAACUGAGAGUCAACCUGGUGAGAAGACAAGAUGAAGACAACCCAGAGGCUGAACUCCUAUGUGUCUGUGUUUUCAUCGCACGCCUUCCUUUUUUUAUCACUCAGAAGAGAACCACUUAGCUAAUGUUUGUAGUGCGGUUUUAUUCUUAUGUGUUUUUUGCUAAAAUAAGCCAUUUUUUUCUAUCAUUGUUAAAACCAGAUAGGAUUUAUCAAGUGGUAAUUUUUAUUGUUAAAACCAGAUAGGAUUUAUCAAGUGGUAAUUUUUAUUGUUGCGCAGUUUUCACAUUCCUAGUUAUGUACAGACAGCUGGUGUUAUGAGAAAGUACAUUUCAAUAUCUAGCUUCCUGGAUUCUUGCAUCUGUAUGUGGACAGGAAGUUAGACUAGGUGGAUAAUAGCUUUGGACCUAGUCUUGUUCUAUGUUCUUAGAGCCAGAUGUUUAUCAGGGUUUUUUUGGGGGGGGGGGACAGAAGAACAGCAAAUUAAUUUAAUUGGGUGAGUUUCCAAGGGACCAGCAAAGGGUGAAGCACUGUGUCAUUUUGUACAUUGCAAUACAGUGCCAACACAUGUUUUUCUCUAUGCAUUCAAAACUGAAGCAUUCCAUUAAAGUGCAGGUGCUUUUCCAAUACCUCACUCAGAAAAAAAAAGUAAAAAAUAAAAAGCGUGGACACUUUGUUUUCUGUGACUUUCUGGCAUCAUUAAUCAUAAAUAUAUUGGUAGAAUUUUUUGGGGGUCUUUUAACCUUUUUUUGUGUGUAUUUAUCUGCAAACUGAUUUAAUGUAGGUGUGUUUGCCCCUUUAAAUUGUUUUUAUUUGUAAUAUAUAUUUCAGAGCUGAAAGAAACAGUUGCCACCAUUUUAAUAUUUUAUCUGUAGAUUAGAGAUGGCUGCCUCAUGCCUUGUUCUCUCUGCAGUCUGACCAACCCCACCAAGUCCAAUGACGGCAUCAAUUAGCUCUUUGGACCAUGUGUAUAGCAGAUCAUCUUAGAUAUUCAGCAGCUUCAAAAUUGUUUUCCCCCUCUCCACCACAUCCACCUUAACCCUCUGUGUAACACUGAAAUAAACAUUUGUUAUUCUCUAA